GACUUCGCGGACUUGCCCGCGAGAGUACAGUUUCCCAAAGUGCACCGCGGCCAGCUUUUCCUUCCUCUCUCCGCCAUAUUGCAGACCUGGCAUAAUGGUGCGCAUGAAUGUUCUCGCCGAUGCGCUGAAAAGCAUCAACAAUGCCGAGAAACGUGGGAAACGGCAGGUUCUGAUCCGGCCUUGCUCCAAAGUAAUUGUGCGGUUCUUGACGGUCAUGAUGAAGCACGGAUACAUUGGCGAAUUUGAAAUCAUCGACGACCACAGAGCUGGGAAAAUAGUGGUCAACCUCACCGGUAGGCUGAACAAGUGCGGAGUUAUCAGCCCCAGGUUUGACGUCCAGCUGAAGGAUCUGGAGAAGUGGCAGAACAACUUGCUGCCUUCCCGGCAGUUUGGGUACAUUGUGUUGACCACCUCCGCCGGCAUCAUGGACCACGAGGAGGCCCGGAGGAAACACACCGGGGGGAAGAUUCUGGGGUUCUUUUUCUGAACAUGUAGACGCCUGCAAAUAAACACAUUUCCACUGGA